AUGUUCGAGCUUUCGAGGGCGCACUUCACGCGCGGAAGGAAGAAUGCAGAGACGGUGGCUGAUUCCAACGAUGCUAGGCCCAUUCUAGGCGUAUCUUCGCCUUUUCUUAGGGUUCUGGUCUGUGGACAACAUGAUGACAUUUUCACGGACGGUGUCUCUCCUGGAUCUUCUACCUCUAAGACCCUCUCAAUGAGCAGCUGCAGCCUUGGGGAUUUCACGGUAUCACAACAUACGCUGUUGUACAAAUAUGGUGCUUGUAUGGAAAAUUUGUGCAUGAGAAGGCCAUGGACUCGGUACUGGAGUAUUGCCGAUCAUGCCGAUGCCCCGGGAGACCAACUGGGCAACAUGAAGGGUAUGAAAAAUCAGCUGGGAAAUUGCCGUAAGCGGAGUAGCCGUGGUUAUAUUCGACUACCCCUCACAGUGAAGUUCCAGGCACAAUCGCCAAGCGACGAAUCUCGAAAUAGGGGAGGGGCUGCUCCGACGUUGGUGUCGUCGGUCUUCGGACCGCACCUUCAACUAACGGAUGGUACUGGUGGUUGCGACAAUAUGGAUUGA